AAAAUAGACAGUGCAUUUCCUCUUGCCUAGGUAGCAGCAAACACUCCAAGCCAUGACGACAAGUCAAUGAAACCUUUUCUCCACUCCCAAAUCCCAUCCGAUCCGUCGUAAAUAUGCACCGAACUCCAUUCAAAGCUCAAACUUUCCACAUUGGAAAAGCAACCUUUGUAGAGGCAUAAUCAGUGGUUGAGAGAAACACAGGUUCUGUAAAAAAAAAAAAAAAUGGCUCUCUCUCUCUCAGCGUUAACAUCACCAUCUAUCACUCUCUAUCUCCCUAAAAAAGGCCCAAAUCUUUACCCUCCGAAGCUUAACAAAAUGUCACCAAUUCAAUGUUCUUUAUCAGUUUCAACCCAUUCAAAAACACCCCAGUUUGAUUUAAAGACUUAUUGGACAGACUUGAUCCUAGAAAUCAAUCAGAAGCUUGACCAAGCCGUUCCUAUUCAGUAUCCAGAUAAGAUUUAUGAGGCCAUGAGGUAUUCUGUUCUUGCUAAAGGUGCUAAAAGAGCCCCUCCUGUUAUGUGUGUUGCUGCUUGUGAGCUCUUUGGUGGUGAUCGUCAUGCUGCCUUCCCUACUGCUUGUGCUCUUGAAAUGGUUCAUUCAGCUUCGUUGAUUCAUGAUGACCUUCCCUGCAUGGAUGAUGACCCGUCACGUCGAGGCCAGCCUUCAAACCACAAAAUUUAUGGCGUUGAUAUGGCAAUCCUUGCUGGGGAUGCACUCUUCCCUCUUGGCUUUCACCACAUUGUAUCCCACACACCUUCUGACCUUGUACCAGAGCCACGACUUCUCAGUGUGAUUGCCGAGAUUGCCCGUGCUGUGGGGUCCACAGGCAUGGCUGCUGGGCAGUUCCUUGACCUUGAGGGCGGUCCCAAUUCCGUUGAAUUUGUUCAGGAGAAGAAAUUUGGUGAAAUGGGUGAGUGCUCUGCGGUGUGUGGAGGAUUGCUAGCUGGUGCCAAGGAUGAUGAGAUACAGAGAUUGAGGAGAUAUGGAAGAGCUGUUGGGGUAUUAUAUCAAGUCGUUGAUGACAUCUUGGAAGCAAAAACGAUGAAGAGCAAGGUAGAUGAGGACAAGAAGAAAAAGAAAGGGAAGAGUUAUGUUGCUUUUUAUGGGGUUGAGAAGGCUAUAGAGGUAGCGGAGGAGCUGAGAGCCAAGGCUAAAAAAGAAUUGGAUGGGUUUGAGAAAUAUGGUGAUAGUGUAUUGCCACUUUAUAGCUUUGUGGAUUAUGCUGCUGAUAGAGGUUUCAGUUUUGGUGAGUCAAGUUAGUGAUGAGGCUUUAUCGUCUUCACCGCUGUCUCUGAAAAGAGGAUGGCUUGUUUGAUGGCAAGAGAUGUAUCUUAGUGACAAACACGAUGAGAUACAGCGGCAAACAAGCAUUCUAACUUCAUCGGCAGUGAAAGCUAGUUGCAGAAAGUCUGGUUCUUAUGCUGCUUUCCCGUAUAGAGGAGAUGCCCUCUUCACCAAUCUAGAUGGAGAAACCUGCGAGCAAAGUUAGAAUUUAAUCGCAGAUAGCUGUGUGUUUUAAUUUCCUUUGUAUAAAUCAGACAUGUAAUUCAAUAGCUGCAAGCUUAAUUUAUGGAUGACCGGUAUUAGUAAAACUAUUUGGGUAUUGAAACAAAUAAAAAGUUAUUUUAGAAGCGUUAAAAUAUGGUCUUUAAA